CCCCCCCCCCCAUCAGCAGCUGAUCUAGAGAUGGUAGAUGCCCCCAAGCUGGGGGAAACCACAGAGGAACCAACAGCACUCCUUAGAUGGGAAUUUUGGUGUCCUGUGUUAUUUAUUGGGCUUUGAGACCUGGAUGUCUUGUAGGUAACACCUCUGAGAAGACCUGACUUGCACGUGAUCCGUUGAGGAUCAUGUCCCCAGUUAUGGCUGAAAGAUGUGGACUUGAGUGGGGAUGAAGCCAAGCCCAAGGAGACAAAAUGGUGGCAAUCCAAGAGAAGGAAGGAUGCUGACUCUCCGGUUCCAGCUGCCUUUGUGAGCAACCUGGAGAGAAGAAUGGAGGAGCCAAAUCCUGCACGACCUGAACCAGGACAAGGUUCGGGGACAGGAGCAGGAAAAUCUCCACGGGCCGUUCAGGCUGGAGCCAUCGGUGAGUUUCUGAGGUGGGCCACACCUCAGCCGGGUAGGCCAGAGAGGCAAGAGGGAAUGCGGGAAUCACACGGAGAGGCCCAGUGGCAGGAAAUCCUAAAGACGGUUCAGUCUUCUCAUUCAGGCUGGACAAGUUCCCAGGUGCCAGACCUGCCUCCGUGGGAUGACCUGUCCAUGUUUGAGAGGGUGGCUGAUGCCUGCCAGUGGUCCCGAGGAGAAGGCGUGGCCAGAUUGGGACCAAACCUUAGCGGAGAAGGCCAGCAGUUCUUCAGCAGCCUGGAGAUCAGAGACAGGGGAGACUACGGGAAGAUGAAGGCCACCAUCCAACGUGGAGACACUGUGAGUGCCGAGACGCAGCGCCAACGCUUCCGCCAGUUCUGCUACCAGGAGACUGAGGGGCCCCGUGAGGUGUGCAGCCGGUUGCGGGAACUCUGCCAUCGCUGGUUGGAGCCAGAGAGCCGCACCAAGGAGCAGAUCCUGGAGCUCUUGAUCCUGGAGCAGUUCUUGACAAUCCUGCCCAAGGAGAUCCAGAACCAAGUCCGAGAACGUGGGCCAGAGACCUGUGCUCAGGCAGUGGCCCUGGCAGAGGGAUUCCUGCUGAGGCAGCGAGAGGGAGAAAAACGGGAACAACAGGUCACAACAUCGCUUCAAGGGGGGACCACAAACUGCUCUGAGACGCUGCGACCUUCAACAAACUCCAGGCCAAGGCAAAACUACAAAGAAGUCAGGCAGCAAGACAACAGGAGUGCCAGUUCACUGGGUGCCAAGUUUUUGGGACGAGCCGGGCAGUGCUUCCAGUGUCCAGACUGUGGGAAAAGGUUUAGGGGAGAGGAGGAGCUCCGGGCUCACGGUGGCAUCCACCGGAAGGACAGACCUCACGCCUGUGCUCAGUGCGGGAAAAGGUUCACCCGCCCAUCAGGCCUAGCCAAACAUUUGAAAACCCACUCGGGAGAAAAACCCUACCACUGCGGCCAGUGCCCUAAAAGCUUCAUUCAGAUGUCGCACCUUACCAGGCAUCAACGAAUCCACACCGGGGAGAAGCCUCACCCCUGUGCCGAAUGUGGGAAACGUUUCAACUGCCCGUCAGACUUGGCCAAACACCAGCACAUUCACACAGGAGAGAAGCCCUUCCGUUGUGCUGAGUGCGGGGCGAGGUUUAACCAGUUCUCCCACCUCACGAGACAUCAGAGGAUCCAUACAGGAGAGAAGCCCCACGCCUGUACCGAGUGUGGAGAAACUUUUAGCCAGCGGGCACAUCUGAUCAGCCAUCAGAGGAUCCACACGGGAGAAAGACCAUACCGGUGCACCUAUUGCCAAAAAUGUUUCAGCCACCUCUCAGCCCUCACAGUACACAAGAGGAUCCAUAUGGGCCAACGGCCCUAUGGCUGCCCCGAGUGCGGGAAAAGAUUCAUCGCUUCGUCAGCUCUAACCAGGCACCAGAGGACACACUCCGAGGAAAGACCUCAUACUUGUGAUGAGUGUGGCAGGAGGUUCAACCAGCUGUCACACCUUCACAGGCACCGACGGACCCACUCAGGGGAGAGGCCCCACAGCUGUGCAGAGUGUGGGAAAAGAUUCAACCAGCUGUCCUCUCUCACCAGGCACCAGAAAAUCCACACCGGAGAAAAGCCUUACCCCUGUGAUGAGUGUGAGAGGAGGUUCAUCCGGCUGGCUGACCUAAUCAUCCACCAGAGAAUCCACACCGGGGAGAAGCCCUAUCGUUGCACAGAGUGUGGUAGGAGGUUCCGGCAGAGACAGACUCUUGUCAAGCACCAGAGACUCCACCCAAUAACAAAUUCUUAAAAAUAUACAGAGUGCAACCUUCACCUUUGGGGUUUUUAUCCAGAAUGUGGAUAUUCCAAGGCAGCAAGAGAGAUUUGAUCCAAACACUGCAUUUUCUCCCCUCACCAUGGCUGCCUCUCUUUGGUACCACAGAGGGAACGGAGUUUUACUGUUAAUGGUUUCCAAACCACUUUAGCAAAAGGGAUCUUCCAGCAGAAUUUUAAUGGACCCAAAGAUCUUGCUCCCUCCCUCCCUGUGUCUGUCCCCUGUUGUCCAAAUAUUCCAAUGAUGGCAGCUUAUAAUAUUGGAUCGGGACCCAAUGUUGAAUCAGUUUGAAAAUGGAAACUAUUGGAUGAGGAAAUUUCUCACUCACGAUGUUCCAGUGCCACAAAGACCCUCUGAUCAAAGAUAUGUUAUCAGCAUGAUGAAGAUAUUUUAGUGUAGGCAAGGAUGGAUUGCUCCUUAAAGCAUUUGGGAAGAACUGAGGAAACAGAGAUGAACGAGGAUAGACUACUUUGAACAGACUUUUCUGUAUUACUGUUCUAAUACUCACACACACACACCUUUUGUUAA